AAUGAUUGCACAACUCUAACCAUUUAAUUACAUAUGUGACAUGCAUUUGCCUUUGAUUUAUUGAUUUUUUUGGUUGAGUCAGUUAUUUUUUUGCAUAAUGAAGAAACCGAUACAACGAAAUAUGGUCACACAUGACCCUAUGUGGUAUAGCCUGCUCUACCAGCCAUCUAUCACAACUUGAACGAUAAAAAAAAAAUAGAUCAAAAGACAACUAUAAGUAUCCCAACCCUAUCAAAUCCGCCUGCAUAAUGGCGUUUCCAGCAACAAUAUAACCUAUCUCUGCCUUUAUCAAACCUGCAACUUUGUCCGUGUCUUUGCAUACUGAUCUGUGAACAACAUUGCAUCUCUCCUUCCAUUCAGAUGUCAACAAUACGCACCAAACCAUGGCAUGCCCUGCUCCUGAACUACUGCUAGCUGCAUUACUAACUACACACAACAUAGCAUCUCAAUCCCUGUGAUUCAAUAGACUGCAGUUCAACCAAGACGCAACCCGCCGUGUGAAAUAGCACUGCAUAAACAGAUGAUCUCGAGUCUCAACUGCCUUGCUGCAAAAAGGAUAGGAUGCAUCGGUGAUUUUCCCCCACCUGAGCAGCUUAUUCCGUGCAACAAUUGCAUUUUUUUUUAUCAAAAUCCAAGCAAUCAAACUAAAUCGUGGGGGUAAAGCUUGCACCAUACAAGUUUAUGCCAUGAGACAGCAGGAGCUUAAGAGCUUUAAUCCUCAACGUUUCACUAACUCUUCUAACUGGGUAAGUUACCAUCAAAUCAGAUCCCCAAUAUAUAUCAUUACCUAGUCCAUGAACUACUGCAUUUGAUUUAUUUUAACUGUUACAUACACGAAUGACAAAGAAACUGACCAAGAGGUCGUAGUUUAAGCAGCCUCCUCCAUGUCCAUGAACUACUGCAUUUGAUUUAUUUUAACUGUUACAUACACGAAUGACAAAGAAACUGACCCUUUAUUAAUUGUUAAUUUCUCAGUUUCCCAAUUCUGAUUUACGUUCUAUGACCAAAAGAAGCUUCCAAAUCCUCACCUAGCUGGCCAUGGUUAUGUCAAAAAAUCUUGGAGGAUUUUUGUUAGUGUAUUGACUUGUAAAUUUUGUGUCGUUAACGGUCUUUGCAAGUGAUAAAAAUAUAUUUGUCAUAAUGUAUUACAUGUUGAACACACUUUUAAGUUGAAUGAAUGACGAAGUAAUGAUAUUCGUAGGUUAUAUUGAAAGGUGACAUACUUGAUAAAUAGUUUGAAUGAUAAACAUGUUUUAUAAACUUUUCAAAAUUUCAAAACAUCGUGAUUAACUAUAAACACCGAUAGAGUUCAUCUUACUAUGUUUCUCUCCUUUUGGCCUAUGGAUUGUGUUCAUGUUCUACUCUAUGUAGAGAAAUGUCAAGUUAAGUCUCUCUUGUGUAUUUAUAUUUUUAUUGAACAAAGUUUUUUUUAUAUGCGUGGUGUUUAACUAGGUACCAUUUCCUGGUUUCAUGGCAGUAACGACAUCUGCAGUAGGUAAUGAUGAAAAUGAGAGGGAUUCUUCGGCGAAUAUGGUUUUUGUUCCUUUGACAAGGCUGUAUGUGAGGGUUUCCAUUCGGUGGGUGGUCUGGUGUUACGAGAGAUGUCAGGUACUGUGGUGGGUGCACACGGGAUGAUCUACUAUGGUCUUCAAAAUCCGAUACUAGUUCUCGGCACUACGGGAUACAAUCAGGUGGUGACAGCUCUGUGGAUUGGACGUUGUGUGGAUUGAAGGUGAUGCGAAGGUUAUUAUUGAUAAGGUGAACGCUAGUCAAAUUUGGGAUGCUGCUGGCAGUGACUUACUUGAAGAAAUUCGUCAUCUCAUGUCGUCUUCACCUGGGUUUCGGGUAAGAUUUUUGGGUAGGCGCACAAUAAGGUAGUUCAUAUGGUGGCUAGAAAAACCGUGUCUUUGUUUCCUACAAAUUAUAAAAGCUUCAACUUUCGAGCGUGGCUUUGAUCGGAGCCAAAAUUUGUGCAAAUUAAUGUUCUUGUUAAUACAAGCAAGCUUUUCGUAAGAAAAAAAAAAACUAGGUACCAUUUGCCAUGCCUAUCCACUAACAAGGACGGAUCAAUUCCCACGAAUGUACGUGAAAUGACGGUGAGAUAAGGGCAGCCCUUUUGCUCUAACAAUUCCUAAUCACACAUUACCCUUCUAAUAAUCUUAGGUGCCCUACCCUAGACUCCAUCCAUUCCCAAGUCCUAACUUAGCCCUACGAUUGUUAUAUAAUUGAUGGUUACCUGCUAACUAGCUAGCUAAUCAAUUUGCUGACUCCAUUUAUUGCAAUUUGCAUCCCCCAUUUUGUCACUAAAGGCUGCAAAGUAAAGAGGGUUAAAGCACGCACAAGGCAAAUUCCCAAGCCUCGCGCAUUUGCCCUCUUUCAUUUGUUUUCUUAUGCCGUGUCAAAUACUGCAAAGUGACUCAUAAGUCAGUCAUACCUAAUCUUGUUUAGGCCACUCAAAGUUGAAGUGUUAUCAAAUUUUCUAAACUCUCUUCAAUGAGGUGAAGGUUGAGGCUGAGCUCGUACAUGGUGGUUCUUUUCAAGUCAUUAGUCAGGAUACUUGAGGUCUUGAACUUGGUCGAAGAAGAUUAUCAUUUUUCUUGGGAGAAUGUCGCGUAUGUAUACUGUAUUUGAGCAAAUAGAACAUAUUCUCGAUAGAAGGAUUAUAGAUGGUUCAUUGGACCUAGGGCAUGCUAGGUAGCUCCUCAACUUGUCGUUCGUUGGCUUCAUUUAUAAUCGAGUUUUUAGCUCUAGGAUAAUGUUUUUGCUUGCAUAUAUUUGGAUAUGUCAUAAAAGAUUAAUCGAUGAGACUGUCAAAUCGAGCACAAUAGACCUCGAGGUCUUCAAUUUUUUACCAGGUGAACUUAUCAAGGGUAACAGAGAAAUGUACGCUAAACUCGCAAAGGAUGUUGACCAACAUGAACUUUCCAUAUGUUUGUCUAGUGAGCCUCUAUGGUUCUUAAGAUUCCAUGCUAAACCUUGGAUGAAAAAAGCAACUUAAUUGCACAUCAAGAGUAAAACUUGUUGCCAAACAAUAAAUAAAGGGACUAAAUCUAUACGUUUAUCUAAAGUUCGAUAAGACCCCACACCCAUCGCUACACAAGUGUGUAAUUCACUUGAUCAAAAGAACAGAGUGGGGUUUUCCUUUCUAUAUUCAGAACAAAAAGGUGGUGUGAUUCGCUUAUGUCCUUUUCCCUUCUCUGUUUCGCCCUUUUUCUUCCAAGCUCCAACUCUAAGUUGGGUUAGUGCUGAAUGCUGAUUGCCGGGGACUUCGAGUGGUUAAGAUUGAAAGUGACUAAGAACAAACCAACCAACCAACGGACAAACGGAACCAAACUUCCUAUGCACUAUAUAUAAUUUCAACAAAGCUUCUUUCCCAAUUGAUUAUUCCAUCUUCCCCACUUCCUCAAUUCUUUCAUCGCCAUCUUCUUCUACAACCCUCCUCUAGCUUAUCUGAAUACCUGAGCUGAGCUCAAUCAGCAAGUGCGGAAGUGCCGACCAAGCUACAAAAGUAAGCAAGCUUUUUUAUGCUUCUCCCCUGUUUCCAGCUCCUCCUGGGCUCUUACAAAGUUGGCGUCUUUAUCCCUUUUGGGAUUCUGAAUUUCUUGUUGUUUGGUUUUUGGUAUUCUUGGUUUGAUUUGGUUUUGCGUUUUUGUGCAGCUGGAGUGGGGGAAAGGGAAAGCGAAUCCAAUUGUGAACAACUUGAGAGCCAGGCUGCGGCUGAAGCCUAUGCCCUUGAUGAACGUGUUUCAUGAUGGUGAUGGCUUCCCCAGGAUCGUUCUCGCCGACCCUUCUGGCUCAUCAGCUGAGGUGCUUCUGUAUGGGGGCCAGGUUGUCUCCUGGAAGAAUGAAAGGAGAGAAGAACUACUCUUUAUGAGCAGCAAGGCCAUAUGGAAGCCACCUAAGGCCAUCCGAGGGGGAAUACCUGUCUUCUUUCCUCAGUUUGGAAAUCUUGGUACUUCGGAGAGAAAUGGAUUUGCUAGGAAUAAAUUCUGGACGAUAGACAGUGAUCCUUCACCUUUGCCUCCAUCAAACAACCACUCAUCAGUAGAUCUUCUGUUGAAGUCCACAGAUGAGGACCUGAAGAUCUGGCCUCGGAGCUUUGAGUUACGGCUUCGUGUCUCCCUUAGUGCUGGAAAGCUCACUUUGAUACCUCGCGUGAGAAACACAGAUACCAAACCUUUCUCUUUCACAUUUGCUCUCCGAAACUAUUUAUCUGUAUCAGAUAUCAGUGAAGUGCGUGUUGAAGGCUUGGAGACACUUGACUACUUAGACAAUCUUAUGAGGCGAGAGAGGUUUACUGAACAGGCAGAUGCAAUCACUUUUGAUGGCGAGGUUGACAGAAUAUAUUUGAGCUCUCCACAGAAGAUUGCCAUUAUAGACCACGAGAAGAAGAGAACUUUUGUGCUGCGCAAGGAUGGGAUGCCUGAUGCAGGUAUGUGGAAUCCUUGGGACAAAAGGGCCAAAACAGUGCCUGAUUUGGGAUACGAGGACUACAAAACCAUGUUGUGUGUGGAUUCUGCUGUCACUGAAACCCCAAUCGUCCUAAAACCUUUGGAAGAAUGGAAAGGCUACCAGGAGCUCUCUACUGUUUCAUCAAGUUAUUGCAGUGGGCAAUUAGAUCCUCGAAAGGUUCUUUACGGUUUCUGAUGAACUUGAUCAGUUCACGUAGUGUGUAUAAGUAAGAUUAUUGACUCAACAACCUUUCUCCCAAUAAGUUAUAUAUACUACUAGUAGAAAAGCUAUAAAAUUUAGGGAUUUGGUCUUGCAGUGAGUCAAUUCCACAUUGCUGAGCAACAAGAUAUUUGUAUGUUGCCUCUUUGUGAUGAUAUGAUAUUAUCAAUAUUUCUGAGAUGUAAUUAGAAA